UCCCUGUCCUGACCAAUUACUGGACGCUGCGGGUGUCGCGGUGAGUGGCCACUGUCUCCCCUCCCUCUCCGAAGCUGGAGUGGGGCGAAGAGGGCGGCUCUGGGCCAUCUGCGCGGUGGUGGACACUGAAGCCCAGGAAGGCGACGGGCCUCUAGUCCAGAGCCUGCAGAGGACUCUGGAAUCCCGAGGCUCAGCCUCCAGCCGCCCGGCAGCAGCCGGGGAGAGCGCUGCGGGCGUGGUUCUCGAAAAUCCCCUCUUUUCCACAGCUCUGCCACACCUCUGGCCCCCAUCCCUCCUGGAGAGCAGCCCUUCUUCUCCGGCCUCAAUUUCCCCACCCGCGUCCGUGCGUGUGUGUGCGUGUGUGUGUCUUGGGGAGGGGAGGCUCGGCAGCGGGAUUCCCCCACGGGAAAGCAGCCCAGUCCCUCCCCCGGGCUGUUCGAGACCCUGAACCGAAACAGGAGCCAGGACGCCCCUGGCCGGGAAGCGGCCCCAGCCCGGAUUUCCCUCCCGGGUGGGGCCGCAAUGACUCACUCCCCUCCCCCUUCACCCCGGUUUCCUUGUUUGCAUUUCUCCUCCCGGCCACGUGGCGGCCGGUGCCGCCACUCACGACCCGUACCCCGGCACCGCGGCCGCGGCGGCCCUGGCACACAAGCCCGGGCCGCUCCUGCCCCCUGGGGUUUCUCGGGUCUCUGGCUGGCCCCCGCCCUACUACCCCCGAGUCCUGACUCCACCCCCGGCCCAUGCCCGCUCCCUUCCCUGCACCCUCCCCCACCGUCAGUCCCCGCGCCUCCUCCCUGCCCUCUCAGCCGGUCCCGGGGAGGGGAAGGGGGCGGGGAGCGCAGGGGGGUGUGACAGCUCCCGCCCGGACCAGUGCCAGCUGCAGCCUCGCUUCAGUGCCCGGUGCCAGCUGGCUCAUUCGUCUGGGACGGAGGUGGAGGUUUGGGGCUCCUUGACGCAGGGGGGGGCUCCCCCCCACGCCCCCUGCCCUCUACGCACCUAAAAGGAGCUUCUCCACCCCGCCCGUUGCCCUGGCGGCGGGUCCAGCUAGGAAUUACCCUGGUCACUUCGCCUGGGGCUUCCAACCCACACCCUUCUAGGAGCAAUCGGGGUCUCGCUGAGGGUCUCCCCCCGCCCCAGCCUUUCGCUAGAGCCUGCAGGGCUGUGCGAGCUUGAGCAGGAACAUGAAGGGUUGCAGCACCUCCGCCUGACCAGUCCAGAGGACUCAAAGGAAGUGGUUCUGCCUGGGGCAAUUGCGCCCUGGUCCAGCUGCCCCGGUCCCAGCCCCAGUCCCAUGGCUCUCUGCCUUCCUCCCUGCGUCACAGGUGGGCUGGCCAGGUGAGAGCCGCUGGCAGGUGGGCCUGGCUGUGGACGACACCCCCUCUCUAGGAGCGGCACAGGUGGGAGGCCUCCCGGACGUGGUGCCGGAGGGGACCCUGUUCAACAUGGUACUGAAGAGGGUGCACCGGCCCCGAAGCUGUUCUUACCAGCUGCUGCUGGAGCACCAGCGUCCCAGCCGCAUCCAGGGGCUCCGCUGGACGCCACUCACUGACAGUGAGGAGUCCCUGGAUUUCAGCGUGAGCCUGGAGCAGGCGUCCACGGAACGGGUGCUCAGGGCUGGGAAGCAGCUGCAUCGACAUCUCCUCGUCACCUGCCCGACCCUUAUCCGAGACCGAAAGUACCACCUUCGGCUUUAUCGGCAAUGCUGCUCUGGCCGGGAGCUGGUGGAUGGCAUUUUGGCCCUGGGCCUGGGGGUCCAAUCCCGGAGCCAAGCUGUGGGAAUCUGCCAGGUGCUGCUGGAUGAAGGUGCCCUUUGCCAUGUGAAACACGACUGGACCUUCCAGGACCGAGAUACCCAAUUCUACCGUUUCCCCGGGCCGGAGCCAGAGCCCGCAGGUGUCCGGGAGUUGGAAGAGGAGCUGGUGGAGGCCGUGGCCCUGCUGUCCCAGCGGGGGCCUGACGCCCUGCUCACUGUGGCACUCCGCAAGCCCCCUGGUCAGCGCACAGACGAGGAGCUGGACAUCAUCUUUGAGGAGCUCCUGCACAUCAAGGCUGUGGCCCACCUCUCCAACUCGGUAAAGCGGGAAUUAGCAGCAGUUCUUCUCUUUGAACCACACAGCAAAGCGGGGACCGUGUUGUUCAGCCAGGGAGACAAGGGCACCUCAUGGUACAUUAUCUGGAAAGGAUCUGUCAAUGUGGUGACCCAUGGCAAGGGGCUGGUGACCACACUGCAUGAGGGAGAUGACUUUGGACAGCUGGCGCUGGUCAAUGACGCACCCCGGGCAGCCACUAUCAUCCUGAGAGAAGACAACUGUCAUUUUCUCCGCGUGGACAAGCAGGACUUCAACCGUAUCAUCAAGGAUGUAGAGGCGAAGACCAUGAGGCUAGAAGAACAUGGCAAAGUGGUGUUGGUCCUGGAGAGAGCCUCUCAGGGAGCUGGCCCUUCUCGCCCUCCAACCCCAGGCAGGAACCGAUGUGGGAAGUGCUAUGGAUUGGCUGUUUCUGCUAGGUAUACCGUGAUGUCUGGCACCCCAGAGAAGAUCCUGGAACUACUGUUGGAGGCCAUGCGACCUGAUUCCAGCGCUCAUGACCCAACAGAGACUUUCCUCAGUGACUUCCUCCUGACCUACAGCGUCUUCAUGCCCAGUGCCCAGCUCUGUGCCGCCCUCCUGCACCACUUCCACGCGGAGCCCUCGGUGGGCAGUGAGCAGGAGCACAGCACCUACAUCUGUAACAAGAGGCAGCAGAUCCUGCGGCUGGUCAGCCAGUGGAUGGCCCUCUAUGGCCCCAUGCUCCACGCAGACCCGGUGGCCACCAGCUUUCUCCAGAAACUCUCAGACCUGGUGAGCAGAGACACGCGGCUUUGCCUCCUGCUGCGGGAGCAGUGGCCGGAGAGGCGGCGACACCACAGGUUGGAAAAUGGCUGUGGGAAUGCAUCUCCUCAGAUGAAGACCAGGAACAUGCCCGUUUGGCUCCCCGCACAGGACCAGCCCCUCCCCAGCAGGAACUGUGCCAUUCGAGCUGGGGACAAAGUCCCCUAUGACAUUUGCCGACCGGACCACUCCGUGCUGACCCUGAAGCUGCCUGUGACGGCCUCCGUGAGAGAGGUGAUGGCAGCGUUGGCCCAGGAGGAUGGCUGGACCAAGGGGCAGGUGCUGGUGAAGGUCAACUCUGCGGGUGAUGCCAUUGGCCUGCAGCCAGAGGCCCGUGGUGUGGCCACAUCCCUGGGGCUCAAUGAGCGGCUCUUUGUCGUCAACCCACAGGAAGUACACGAGCUGACCCCACACCCCGAGCAGCUGGGGCCUACUGUGGGCUCUGCGGAGGGGCUGGACCUGGUGAGUGCCAAGGACCUGGCGGGCCAGCUGACAGACCACGACUGGAGCCUCUUCAACAGUAUCCACCAGGUAGAGCUGAUCCACUACGUGCUGGGCCCCCAGCACCUGCGGGACGUCACCACGGCCAACCUGGAGCGUUUCAUGCGCCGCUUCAACGAGCUCCAGUAUUGGGUGGCUACGGAGUUGUGUCUCUGCCCUGUGCCGGGCCUGCGGGCCCAGCUGCUCAGGAAGUUCAUCAAGCUGGCCGCCCACCUCAAGGAGCAAAAGAAUCUCAAUUCCUUCUUUGCCGUCAUGUUUGGCCUCAGCAACUCGGCCAUCAGCCGCCUGGCCCACACCUGGGAGCGGCUGCCCCACAAAGUCCGGAAGCUGUACUCUGCCCUCGAGAGGUUGCUGGACCCUUCAUGGAACCACCGAGUCUAUCGCUUGGCCCUCACCAAGCUCUCUCCUCCCAUCAUCCCCUUCAUGCCUCUUCUUCUCAAAGACAUGACCUUCAUCCAUGAAGGAAACCACACAUUGGUAGAGAAUCUCAUCAACUUUGAAAAGAUGAGAAUGAUGGCCAGAGCCGUGCGGAUGUUGCAACACUGCCGAAGCCACAGCAAUGUGCCACUGUCGCCUCUCAGAAGCCGAGUAUCCCACCUCCACGAGGACAGCCAGGUGGCGAGGAUGUCCACGUGCUCUGAGCAGUCCCUGAGCACCCGCAGUCCGGCCAGCCCCUGGGCUUAUGUCCAGCAGCUGAAGGUCAUCGACAACCAGCGGGAACUGUCCCGCCUCUCCCGGGAGCUGGAGCCGUGAGGCAGCUGGGGCUGGAGCAGGCACUUCCGGUCAGGAAAGCCAGGGCCCGCCCGGGGCCAGGAGGCCCGCAGGCCGGUGGCAGCUGGGCAGGGCUCUCCCGAGUGGACUCACGGCCCUGGAGUGGGCGGCAUGGAGGCGGCUGUCCCCCGUGAUGACAGACGGCCAAGGAGGACCUCGGAGUGGAAUGAGCUGGGGCCCAAGGCCAAGGAAUGGGGGGCAGAGAUGCCCUGGAGCGGGCGGGAGAGCAGAGCAGGCGCUGGAACUCGGUUCAAUAGAGAGCUCUCCACACCACGUUUUUCCCAGAUUCUGUGCAUCUGUGGCUUUGUCCUCAGGCCAUCUCCAGGCGCUUUGUUUUCAUGGUGGACAGAGGGAGCAGGUCCCAUCUGUAUGGCGGGUGUGCAGGCCCGGGGCAGGGCCGGUGUGGCCCGGGGAGGGGUGAGGGAGGAGGGCCCCUGCUGGUCUUCCCAGAGCACAGGAACAGGAGAUAAACAGUUGGGUGUGGCAGGGCCUGUUUGUAUGGGAGGGGUGGCCCCUGAGGAGCCUUACCGUUAACAGAAAUGACCGGGGAUGCUGUGUUCUGAGGCCAGCCCUGUGGGGUGUGUCAGUGAAGAGCUGGGGCGGAGGUGUUGUCUCUGGAGUGGACCCAGGGAGGCUGACAAGCGUUCCCACUGCUGUAGGGGGCUCUGGGAACCAGGCGGAGCGCCAAGACCGCUGACGGCCGGCCCCUGGCCGCAGCAGCUGCUGGGGCCUGGAGCCCCCGUCAGUGGCCAGCAGGGGUGACCCUCGGUUCUCCACUGUGGCCUGAGAGCUCCAUUACAGACCAGCCGCCACUGGCUCCUUCCACCCUCCCCUCCUGGCUGCGCUUGCUAUCCCUCUGCCUGCAGCGCGCCUCAGCCUGGUGGGUGGUCCUCUCCACAAACCCGAGGCCUCUAAGAAAUGGCCACUUUGUGGACGGUGAGAGAAAGAGCACUGAGGCGGAGGCCUCUGAGGGGAGCCAUCCCUUUCCCAGGCCUAGCAGGCUCCCAGGAAAUCCAGUUUCUUGAGAAUGGUCCCAGCCAGCUCUGCCCACAUUCAGUCCUUCCUCCCCUGCCCCUUCAGCACUCCUGUCCCACCCAGGGAGCUCCUCUGACGAAGUCCCAGGCAGGGCUUCCCUCCUCUCUCAGCUUCCUAUGGUCCUGAACGUGGUAGGGGGAGGUUCACUGUCUGGUCUAGAGAGAGGGAAACCUCUUGGUCUUGGGGAAUGACCUCAGAGUAGGCAUUGAGCGUCAGGGCCUGAGGGCUUCUGGAGGAAGUGGGCCCCUUCCUGGAGGCCAAGGAGGUAGCUGGUAUGACCCCGUACCGGCUCAAGUCCACCUCCUCUAACCCCUGCUUUGCCAGACCUCUUAUCCUAGUGGUCAGGGACACACAUACAAACUAUUCCCAGAGAGAAUUAGAGCCUUUUGCAGGAAGCAGCACAGCUGGGAUUACACCUCAGGUUUCUGAGAAUCCCAGCAAGUUAAGGAACAGUUCCCUGCCUCCAUUUCUCUAUCUGUAAAAUGGGUAUGAUGAUCUCAGUCCAGCCCUUUGUGACAAGUCAAACCAUAGCUCGGCCUCCAGAGCCACAGAGACAGUCUUGGCAGUCUGGUGUCCUCGGCCUGUCGGGGUGGGUAGAGAGCACCCAAACCCAGCCUUGAGUGAAGCUGGGCAGAACCCACUCCUCCAGGGAGAGCCUGAGUAGAGCAGAUGACAGGGUAACCAAGCCAGUUCCCUUGCCUAUGGGUGGAGAUGCAAGGCCACGGGGCAUGGAAGCUUCCAGAGCUGAGCAAUCAUGACAUGAGGCCCAAGCCUUGGUGAGUCAGGACUCCCAGGGGCUCUCUUCCGUCUGAAACCCAUUGUCUGAUGAGGUUUUGGCCAAGAGCAGACCAGCCCGCCGGCCAUAGCCCUUCACCAUCCUUUCAGACUCCAGAGUGAGACAUGCCUUCCAACAAUAAAAUGGAAGCCAAGCGUGGUCA